AACAGAGAUAAAAAUAAAAUAAAAAAAACAGUGAAUUCACCUAUUUUUAAAAUCGGUUGAAUCAAUCUUUGCUUGGUCUUUUUCCAUGAUAAUAGAUCAUAGAUUAAAAAUUAUAACGCAAACCAAGAGAAACCGAAUCUCGUGUGCGCAGUUUUCGCGCGUCUCAUGAAUCAUCGAGACAAGAAUGACCUCCAUAUGUCAGCUACUCGAAUUUCUUAAGUUAGUCGCCGAGCAAAAUAGGCCCUCCAACCUGGCACUUGUUAUUAGAGUUUUCCAGCUAAACUUUGUUUUGCUUUGCAGCAUAAAAAAAGGUUUUCCCUCGUAAAGUUGAAACAGGAUUUGGUUUGUGAUGGCUUUAAAAAAUUUAGUUGGACAGAGAAUCUUAAAUGAUGUCAUUAAAAGUGUAGUUAAAGGAACUGAAAAAAAAGUUUUAGUUGUUGAUAAACUCGCUAUGCGAGUAAUAUCAACAUGUUGCAAAAUGAGAGAUAUUGUUAUGGCUGGUGUAACAAUUGUUGAGGAUUUAACGAAAGGAAGACAAUCACUUCCUCUGGAAGCCAUAUACUUCAUAUCUCCUACAGAAAAUUCUGUGCAAAGUGUGAUAGAUGACUUCAAAGAUGCUAAUAAUCCCAGAUAUCCUAAUGUGCACCUGUUUUUUACAGAGACUUGUCCUGAAAAACUUUUUAAUCGAUUGGCAAAUGCAAACAACCUGGCAAAACGUAUAAGGACUUUGAAGGAAAUCGAUAUAGCUUAUCUUCCAAUAGAAAUGCAAGUAUUUUCUCUGGAUAACAGAGAAGCUUUACCUCAUUUAUACAGUCACAACAACUCCGUAGUCCGUGAGAAAAGACCACCAUGUGUCGAACAAAUUGCAGAACAAUUAGCAACACUGUGUUUAUCACUUGGAGAGUAUCCAUCUAUCCGUUACCGUUCCGCAUCUGAGUUGUCUUGUGAUGUUGCCCAAGCAUUGAUGGACAGAUUAAGAGAGUACAAAGCAGAUGAUCCAUCAAUGGGUGAUGGGCCAGAAAAGCAGCAGUCACAGUUAAUUAUCCUUGAUCGAGGAUUUGAUCUUGUCAGUCCUCUACUUCACGAGCUCACUUAUCAAGCAAUGGCAUAUGACAUGCUUGAUAUCCAAAAUGAUGUUUACAAAUACGAAGUGCAAUCUUCUGGGGAAUAUAUUCCAAAAGAAACACUGCUUGAUGAGAAUGAUGAUCUGUGGGUUAAGUUAAGACACAAGCACAUUGCUAAUGUGUCGAAAGAGAUAACAUCCAUGAUAAAAGAAUUUUCAGAAUCAAAAAGAAUAACUGGUCCAGGUACCAAGCAAGCAACAACAAUAAAGGAUUUGUCUUUAUUGCUCAAAAAAAUGCCACAGUAUCAGAAAGAAUUGAGCAAGUACUCGCUUCAUCUUAAUCUGGCAGAAGAGUGUUUACGCAUUUAUAAUAAUAAUCAAAUUGAAAAAUUGUGUGCUGUGGAGCAAGAUCUUGCUACAGGAGUUGACAAGGAUGGGGAAAAAAUCAGUAAGGACCAUAUGAGAGCAAUUGUCCCUGUCCUUCUUGAUACAAGUAUUACUGAAAAUAAUAAGCUGAGGAUAAUUCUGUUGUAUGCGAUUAUGAAGCAAGGUAUCAGUGAAGAAAGCAUGAACAAGUUAAUGGAACAUGCUAAAAUCUCAAGUGUUGGUCGAAACACCAUCAAAAAUGUGUCAAAUCUUGAUGUGACUGUAAUUCAAGAUUCUGGAAAGAAAAAGCCUCUUCCCACUCGAAAAGAAAGAACUGAAGAAAGUUAUCAAUUAUCUCGAUAUGUUCCAUAUGUUAAAGAUAUUAUGGAAGAAGCUGUGGAAGGAAAACUUGAUGGAAAGUUGUUCCCUUACUUGAUGACGAGAGAAGGAGGUGGUUUAAUGGGUGGAGGAGCAACUACAGCCAGAAGUGCAAGAAUGUACGGCAAUUGGCACAAAGAAAAGUCUCAAUCUGAUACUAAAAGUGUUCCACGCUUAAUCGUUUUCAUCAUUGGUGGUACAUCAUACUCCGAAAUGAGAUGUGCGUAUGAAGUGACAAAAGCUAAGCAAUCAUGGGAAGUAUUGGUUGGUGGAACCGAACUGUUAACACCUGAUGGUUUUUUGUACAGAAUCUUAAGCUUAGGCUAAAGAUCACAAAUUUUUGCUUUUAUUUCUAGUAUUAAAAUUUAAAUUAUAAGAAGAUUAUUUCCUAUGAUUGUCUGCUCUUUAUUUUAUUUUGUUUCAGGUGUUUCAUGUUGUAACAGCAACAACAACACAUCUUCGUAUAUAUACUUAAUUUGUUCUAUUGUAAACAUUAUUAUAAAUACUAUAUUUUUGUAUUUCUUUGUAUUUCAUAAGGGAAAGGAAUAUAAAGUGUACAAGACAUUAGUCAAACCUUGUGGAAUUGUACGUUUCUUUGAAAAAAUUGGUUGAAGAGUUCCAUAUCAUAAUUAAUUCAAUUGAUUUUAUAACCCCUUUUUAUCCCCUUUAAAAAGUGCUGUAUAAUUAGAAUUUUUUUCUCCACAUUUUAAUUUUUGAUCCAACAAUUAAAAAUGUUUAUUUUACUUGGAUAAUUAGUCAUUAUAAAAGAAAAGAUCGCAUUUAUAUAGAAAAUCGUUCAUAUCAAAGAAAUCUAAAUAUUAAUAUCGUGAAAGUAUUUAGUUAUAACAUAGGUGGUGGACUAUUUAAUACGCACGGCAAUAUAUAUAAAAAUUUCGUUAAUUUAAAGUACCUUCUUUUUAUUUUGCACACCUAGAUUUAGCGCACGUUUAUUUUUCGCGCACUCCUUACAAGUAGUUGUGGAAAAUAAACUGGUGAUAAAUUUGUGUGGUAAAAAAUCUUAGAAUAUUUUAAAUCUCGUUAUUCUAUCUUGUUUCAAUUUUGUAUAAUCUAUUUUUUGCUCAUCAUCUAAAAAACUAUUUCGCGCACAUUCCGCCAAAAUUAGUUAUGUGAAUUGUUAUUAGCAGGAUUUUUUUACAAACUCGUGCUUGUUUUCAUUAAAAAUAAAUUCAGAAGAUAAAUUAUUUUCAAACACAAGUCUACUUUGAAAUUUAGUGCAUAUCUAUUUUGUAAUUUAGUGAUAUUGGGUUUCACGAUGUUUUGUAUAUAAUGUUUCAUUGUUAAUAAUUCUGCAUCCUCUAUACCUUGUAUUUUUACUCAUUCCAACUCCUUUUUUAAAACAUUAAAAUUUUGACGUUUUGCUGCUUUUGCUUCCCCCAACCCUAAGAGAAGUAAUUUUUGUGGGAAAUUUUUUUGCAAAUUUGCGAAAUUUCGAGAUUUUUCGAUCCCAUUCACGAAAUUAUGCCAACGUCAGUCUUUCGCUAAAAUAAGUUUUGCAGUUAGGUCAAAAAUUCGCGAGAUUUUGCGUCUUAACCGAUUCGAAUGUUUGAUAUUUACAUGUGUGAGAGAUCCAAAGGAGAACUCCAGUGAAAAUCUUCCUUUUAUUUAUCUUCCUUUUAUUCGUACUGAGAAAAGAAUAAAAAGUCAAAAAACAACUUA